AUGUCGGUCUCCAGUGAGAGCCAGAGCAAUUCUCCUCACACCUACGAAGCUGUUUCUCCCGUUGAUAUCGUGCGUGGUCACAAUCACUUCCCAAUGACAGCCUCUUCGCAACCGGGUGGAGCUCGGACGGAGCGAAGCUCCUCUGAAUCCUCUGUUUCCUCGUCACUCAGGAGUCCUCGCACCGCUCGAUUCGCGGAGGCAACAUCGGUGCACUCCCCUACCGAAGCCAGGGGUGCUUCUACAUCUCCGUUCGCGGACCCGCCGGGACAUUCACGAAGUCAGCCCGAUGUGUCUGACGUGGGCUUUGGUUAUGUCGCAGCUAGCGAUCCUGCUCAGCAUGCAUCGCAUCAGCUUCCCCCAGCAUCACCUCUCAAGAGCGCCCUCAAGGUCCCAGGCACUCCUGGGCGGACUCUGAAUCCCCUGAGUCCUACUUUUCGGGAAGAAUUUUUUGUGGAGAAGCAAGAAAAGGCUACUGAGAAGGAGAAUGCGAGAGACCUGCGAAUCAAACUACGCGUGCGUUUCGCCAAGAUAUUCCUUCGUUUUGUCAACUUCGGUUGCAGUCUGAUCGUGCUCACUAUACUGGCAACGACUCUGACGAUAUUCCACGCGUCGAAACAUCUUCCUCCUCGUAACAAUUUACCCCCCUGGGCGAAAGGGACGAACCCAUGGCCGCAGUACCUCCUUCUGACAUUGGCUUGCAUCUCCCUGUUUUCGUGCCUGGUUGUCUUCUGGGCGUAUUGGAAGGGUGGCCACAAGCGCGCUGAGAAGGUCGCAGUCUAUUACACAGUCUUCUCAGUCUGCUUCUUCACAUUCAGUCUAAUCAUGUGGAUCGUCGCAGCAGCCAUCUAUCAGAAUUCCAAGGCCAACGGCAAUGGUCAAGACCUCUGGGGCUGGUCGUGCAAGCAGAACCUUCGAGAGCAGUUAUUCCAUAACGAUAUCGAUUACGCGCUGCUGUGCCGUCUCCAGGACUGGGGCUUGGUUUGCGCCAUCAUCGAGGUCGUGAUUGAAGUUCUGGUCAUUCUCAUCUAUGCGGUUGUCUUCUACCGAUUCUACACCAAGCGACGCCUUGCAAGGUCAAUGGACCGCCGUGACAAGGCCAGGUCGGAUCUAUACCUGGCCCAGCUCCGGCUGCAGUCUGCCCCCAAUACCCCCGGCUUCGCCAACAUGCCCAAGUCACCCUUCGUGUCCGUCCAACCGACCCAGGAUUCCUACUCGGCCGCCGAGAACGGAGAGAUGUACUCGACGCAGUUCGCAACACCCCGGUCGCCGACGACGCCCCAACCCACGUUCCAGCUGCAGCCGCCUCCCAUCCGUGUACAGCAGGCGACUCCAAAGAUGGAACAAGGAGAAUUCUCGGCGCCGGCUUCAGCUCAGAAUAUUAAUAAGCAUAUGACUGCCGCCCCUGGCGAGCGGACCUACGAGGCCGUCCCUAUCCCGGAAGCAUACACAAGCCCCAUGAGUCCCAACUUCCCUCCGAAUGUUCGCCAUUAA